AUGGCACUCAAAUCCGUUGAAAGCAGCUCGGCAUGGCACAAGAUAAGCCAAAUGCCUGAGCUUUUAAGUCUAAUUUUCAUAUUCUCUCUACCAAUGCACAACAUGAUGCCCAGCGAGCAUGCCGCACCCAUGUUACUCACACGGAUCUGUCGGCAUUGGCGUAGCCUUGCUCUGUCUACUCCUCAGUUGUGGUCUCGCUUACGCCUUAAGAUUCCACUCGACCAAAAUGACGAAGCCGAAACACUCAGAACACUACAAAAAUUCUCUAGGAUAUUGCAGACAUAUCUCUCAAGAUCAGGGAAGGUAGGAAUCUCAUUGGACAUUGACCUCAGCCCACUUUAUGAGGGCCAGGCUGCAGUAGGAGUCGAACACCGAGAACUUGUCAGUCCGCUCAUAUCCAGCAUCCUCCCGUACUCUCACCAGUGGCGCCAUCUUUCCAUCACAGCUCCCCUGCAAUAUUUGACUCCAAUUAUGGAUCUUGUUUCCAGCGGAAGUGCGCCGAACGUGGAAUCACUCACGCUCGACUUUUCCUGUGAUUCCAUAUUCCCUGACUUUGGAAUGAAUGAAAGCGAACUGCUACCCUUCUCCGUUAUGCUCAAUGCCGCACCUGCUAACUGCUUAAAAUCGUUAACAAUAUACGGGAAUGCAGAUGUUCGAGUUAUUCUAUGCUGCGAUCUUGGGAACUUGUCCAAGUCCUUAUCCCAUGUCAUGUUUUGGAACGUCCAUCUGGAAGUUAAUGCAAACCAUGAAACACAACUUCAACCAGCUACCUCUCCGAUGAAUUCAUUGCGGAGAUUAUUCCUUGCUGCAUUGAUCACGUCAAAUGAUCUUAUACAGACUCUGCGAGCCUCUCCAGAGCUUGUAGAGCUUACGUUGGACGUGGAACUUCGGGCUGACGACUUAGCUAACGGAUUUGAUCAUAUGGUUGAGUUGGUGCAUCUUCGAAAGCUGCGCAUCAAUGUCGGGGAGUCGACGAGCAAGAUACUUGGCAAGCUACAGCUUCCUUCUCUUGCCUUCCUGGAGUUCACUACUGAUGAAGGCCCAGAGGUUAGAGGGGUACUGCCAGAAGUCACUAGUCUCCUGCAGCGGUCGAAUCCGCCACUCAUUUUUUGUAUGAUUUGCGAUGGAUACGGUAAUGUCCGAGAAGAAGAGCUUAUUGAAUUCUUGUGGAACGCGAAACAAUUGGAAGAGCUUCGUGUUAUAAAGAAGGGUCUUAGCAAUCGCGUGCUGAAGGCUUUGACGGUGAAGGACAUAUCGAGUGUCUCAGGUGUCGAAGCAGAGCCUGGCGGCAGCUCAUCGGUGACCGACGCCAAAGAGCCUGAUGGUAAUGCAAACCUGGGUGAAUGUCGACUCUGCCCGCGUCUAUUCAGUGUAACAUUUACGGCAGGCAAUGAGUUUUCACCACAAGCUAUUAUUGACCUCAUCGUUUCGCGGUGCCCCGCCAGAAUGUACAGAUCAGAAGAGCUGCAACCUCUGCUGUCGUCCGAUGACUUUUCAUCGGCCUCUCCUUGUAUUCGUUCAAAUAGUCAAGUGCAAGGAAGCUCAAAUGGCGUGGAGUUUGGCUCACCUGUUUCGGUCAGUCCUGCCCAAGAAAUACGUACUCUGAAAAUGUUUCAAGCGGUAGUAGAGCAUAGUAAUGUUGUCACGGAGAACGACACUGUUCGGCAAUGCAUUGACGAAGGAUUGAAGUUGCACUUGCGAGAUCCAAGCAGUUUUAUUCCAGUAUUCAUCUAG